ACUACUACUGUCUUCAGGCUAUGCUGGUCUUGGAAGAUAAACCGUGAGAACAUUCAUUUGGCUGGGAUGCACAUGAUCUGAUCUCUCCUUCCUACUAUAUGAUUUGAAAAGAUCAAUCUUUUCAUAUUUUGCUCUCCACAUUGCUCCUUGACCUUUACUGCUUGUGUGAGAGAUGAUAUCACUUGGGUUAUGAAGAAAGUGUGCUGCAUUCAUUCCUUGUUGAAGCAUAUGCAUAUUUGUUCCACGUGCUCCCCUUUAUCAAAUUGGGAGCAAAUGAAGAAGAGACGAGAGAAGAAUCAAACUUGUGCAUUUCACAAAUUUAGUUGUGUUUUGAUCAGAGUUUCUAUACCUUUUUGGCCAUAAGAGUACAUGAAGUCAUCUAUCUGGCAUACAUUUUGCAGUAAGUGAAGAUUUUGAGAUAUAUGGGACCACUAUGCCAUAAAAUUCAUUGGUUCACAUGUGAAUGCUUUAAAAAUGGUAAGAUGGUAUUAAAGUUUAUCUUUCUAGUAAUGGUAGUGGGGUUGCAGGAUACUGGACGCUAACCACCAUAUGUCUUGAUGUUUUAAACUAGAAUUUCUACAGUUCAGAUGAAGAAGAAAAUUGAAGAAAAAAAAAAGUUUCUUUUUUCAACUGACGUAUUGGGUGGGAUGAUUUAACUGUUGCAACAAACUUAAUUGCAUGGAAUGUGUGACUAUUAAGGUUAUCAUCCUUUUUCCCCACUUACCCAUAAAAAGAAAUUUUAGAAAAACAAAGCUUGAUAGGGAGUGAGAUGGGAUUCCAACCUUAAAACAGAAGGGUCGAGGGGUGGGAUUUGUACCUUCAGACCAGUGAUGAUUCCCAGAAUGCAUCUCUUAUCGUCGCACAUAAUUGUCUCUCUUUAGUUCUAAAUCAUCAUCCCAAGCACUCACAAGAAAAUCCUUCAGCGAAAAAUCUCAUUUUUGUUUCAUGGGAAACUCAUUGGAAAAACAAAUAGAAAACCCAGCUAAUAAUACUCCCAGAGAAACAGAGAAUGAAGAUAUCUCAAGCUUCACCUGUGAGAUCUGCAUAGAACCCAUGUUAAAGAGCAAGAAAUUCAUAAACAAAACCCACUGUACACACCCUUUUUGCCAGGACUGCAUAUCCAAAUACAUACAAGUCAAGGUCGAAGAAGACGGUAUUACUUCUGGUGGUAACAUCAACUGCCCUGGACUGAACUGUCCAUACCUUCUUGAUCCUCUCUCCUGCAGGGACAUGAUCUCACCAGGAGUGUUCUUAAGAUGGUGUGAUCUUCUCUGUGAAUCUGCUGUUUUAGAAUUUGAGAGGAGGAGCUACUGCCCUAACAGGGAUUGCUUGGAAUUGGUUUUGAAUGAAUGUGGAGGAACAGAGAGAAAAACCAAGUGUCCAAAGUGUAAGCAAGUCUUUUGCUUCCAGUGUAAGACUGAAUGGCAUGCUGGAUUCGGAUGCGAAGAGAGUAGAGACAGGAAUGAUGUUUUGUUUGGUGAGCUCAUGGAAAAGAAGAAAUGGAGAAGAUGUCCUCAUUGUGGUCACUGUGUUGAGCGGCUUCAUGGUUGUUCUGUUGUCAAAUGCAGAUGCAAAACCCAAUUUUGCUAUCAUUGCGGGGAAAAGCUCACAACAUUGCACAACGGAUGUGGGUGCAGUUUUGUCCAGCAAGUUCAUACGAGUUGUAGAGACCAUUUCAUAUUCAUUGCUGCCUUUGCUAUCAUCAUUCUGCUUAUGUUCUUGAUUUUGUACUUGUCACCACAUCGGCGUGGAGAUCAAACCUAGCCUAGCCGAACCCGUAGCGGGUAUAUGUAUUAAGUAUGUGUAUUUACUUACAUACGUAGGUUGGACAAGCAGAGUUGAACAUUUUCAUGCUUCAAAUGUACUGGGGAAGUGAUAUUGAAGUUGUUGGUAGAUAGACAUUGUGAUUCCUUUCCGAAAACAUAUUAUAGGCCCCGUAACUCCCUCCGGAUUGAAAGUUAUGGGCUUUCAAAAGCUAGGGUUACGGGGCCCAUAAUAUGUUUUCGGAAAGGGAAUUUUGUGCCUUACACAAAUUAUUGAGAUUUUGUCCUCCGUAACGGCAGAGUUCAGGCUCAAAUUCGCACGUUUAAGGGGUUUACGCGACACUUUUAUAUUAUUACGCAUACUUUUCAAUGUUUCCUUAUUUAAUUCGGUUUCCUUUGUUUUCCUUUCUAAGGGUUUUAGGAUUUCUUUUCUAGUAUAUAUACUCCUUUAAAUUGUAAUUUGGGACACACUUGA